AGUGAUACCAAAAAGACUUUACAAGCUCUCAAGCAAUCUCAGCACUUGCUCUAAUUGCAUGGGGCACAUCCGAUCGGCGAUAUUGGUCCGUUCUCCACCGAGUAAUUCCCGCAAAUUGCAUUUAACUAGUGUCGUGUUAGCGUAGGAAAAAUCACUAAGAACUUAAGUGAGUAAGAAAAAAACACUGUAAUUGUUCUGAGAGUGUGUGUGAGUGAGUGCGCGACUAGAGAUACUUUUUGCCCCCUUAAGUAUAAAUAAUCUAAUCUUUUUUCUUCUCCGCCGAGAAGAAAAAGAACCAAGUAAAAGAAUAGGAGAAAGAACGGGAAAAAGGUCAGGAGAGAAGAAGCUGGAAUUUGUGCGUUCUCUUGUUGGACUUGUCUGGUGGAGCAGUCUUAGAAGAUUCUCAGAGGAGAACUUCGCCCCCCAAAAUUAACCACAGCAAAAAGGCGUGAAUGUCACGAAAAAUCUUCCAUAAGAAACACAUAUAAGUAAGAAUUCUAUUGAAAAUAACUGGUGAAUGAUCAAAACAAGUGUAUAAAGGUGUGUGUGUGUGAUUCGCAUACAAGCGCAACAGAGAGUUCUUGAGAAUUUUCCACCGCAGACAAUCUGGGGGUGGUCAGACUGAGGCGAAUUGCUGAGCAGGAAAACACCGUUGAGCAGUGCGCACAGGGAGACUCCUUCCUCUCUCUUCCGGCUGAUCUGGGCAUCUGUGCAGAAUGCUGGCGCAGCAGUACUGCCUCAAGUGGAAGUAUCACCACACGAAUCUGCAGACCAUGUUCUCGCAGCUGCUCGAUCGCGGCUGCUUCUGCGACGUGACGCUGGCGUGCGAGGGACAGACACUGAAGGCCCACCGAGUGGUCCUGUGCGCCUGCAGCACCUACUUCGACGCCAUCCUCACCAACUGCGGCAUCGAGAAGGAUCCCAUCGUCAUCAUGAAGGACGCCAAGUUUGCCGACAUCAAAUGCCUCAUUGAGUUCAUGUACAAAGGCGAAAUCAAUGUUGAGCACGCAAAUCUGGCGUCACUGCUGAAGACGGCGGAGGAGCUGAAGAUCAAAGGCCUGGCGGAAGUGUCGUGGCGCGAGGACGAAGGUGCGGCGGAGCCAAAAGUAGAAGGACGAUCCAGUGACCCGAGCAAACCCACCCACCACAGUGACACGGCGGAGAGCCACCAGAGCGAGAGCAACAGCGCCCAGAUGCCCUUCCUCACGCCGCUGCGCUACCACCAGCAGAACGGGAAGAACAACGGACUGCCGGCGAAGAGGAAACGCGGCCGUCCGCCGCUGGAUGGCGAGUUCGAGAACUACAGCACGCCCAAGAUUUCCCACGUCGAGAGCCACGCGUCCGGCGGCUACGCUGACAGUUCCCACCUCGUCUCCGUAAUGAUGGACGAGGACAAUUCCAAGGAUCUCAUGUCGCACAGCUAUCAGGAUAACGACGGCGCGCUGACGUCACAAAUUGACUACGAGGACGAAGCUCCCAUGGGAGCGAAUUUGGUGCCAAAAAAGGAGAGGCCAGAGACUCCUGCGGACUACGUGGUGCCAGGCGACGGUGAGAUGGACGACGAGGCUGAGGAGGAUGACGAUGAUGACGAAUCAGUUCCAAAUAGUCCCGGCGGCAGCGGAAAUUCCCAUCUGCACGUGACACUGACCGCCCAGGAGCGGGCAGAGUGGCGGGAUGUGAUAAAGAUGAGCGAGUAUCUGAAGCAGGGCAGACGGCAGCAGUUCUGGGAGGAAACGUUCACGAAGCGUGUCAUGGAUGCAAUCAAAUCAAAGAACUUGGAAAUGAAGAAAGCCGCACAAUUGCUAGGCGUCUCAUAUGGAACACUCUACGGACGGUAUCGUGAGACUUACGGAUGCCUGAAGCAUCCCUACAGGGGACCUUUCACGAGAAUGAUAGAUAUGUGGCAACAUGUUGAACAAGGAACAGCAGAUAUUAUAGGCAUUUUACAGAGAACUAUGCCACGAACUAGCACACCUACGGAAUUUCUCAUCUCAAAUCAAGCAUCAACACCCAAGCUAUUAGACCCAAAACAGCAGCUCCAAAUGCACGAACUGAAUUCAACAUUUGACCAACAUGGAGAGUAAAAAAAUUCCCCCCUAAAUCUUUCUUAUUACUUUUCACAAUAGGUAACCUUAGCAUAAAAUAUACUUAAACAAAAAAAUGAAUAAUUGAAAUAAAACAAAACAAUUGACUGAUCAACAAAAAGAAAAGAUAAACAAAAGAGAAGAACACGUUGUCUUAGCAUUGAGGCGAGUAUUUUUAAUAAAUUACAAUUACAACAAAAGUAUUUUGUAGAAAAGAGUAAAACAAAGAGAACAAUUUGUAAAUAGGAUUAAAUCUAUUAUAAGUAA